AUGCAUAUCAAGAAUAAUAUUGAGAAAGAUGUUGAUUUACCUAAAACAUGGGACAUGGAGUCACUCGACUGGACACAAUUGAUGGUUAAAAUACGGUCGCUUGAGUUCUCUUAUGACAGAAAAAGCAAAUUUAUUAAUGAACUCAAUAUGUCUGUACCUAAGGGUGCCAUAUAUGGAUUGCUGGGUCCGAGUGGUUGUGGAAAGACUACUGUAUUAAAACUUAUUUUAGGCUUAUUACGACCAACAUUUGGCAAAAUUAGAAUAAACGGCAAAAUAUCCAAUCAUCCGGAUAAUAAUAUUCCCGGUAUUGGUGUUGGAUUUAUGCCGCAAGAAUUGUCACUCAUUCAAGAGUUUACAGUAUAUGAAACACUUAAAUACUUCAGCAAAUUAUAUGGUAUGAGCCGUGAAUUGACACUUUCGAGGAUUCAAUUUCUGGUAGAAUUUCUAAAUUUGCCCGAUCCUAAUAGCCUUAUUACUAAUAUGAGUGGUGGACAGAAACGACGAGUCUCCCUAUCACUAUGUCUUAUCCAUAGACCGCCACUUCUUAUAUUAGAUGAGCCAACAGUGGGAACCGAUCCGAUAAUCCGAGAAAAAAUUUGGAGACAUUUAAUGUUUUUAUCGCAAAGAAAGUCAACUACUAUUAUAAUAACCACUCAUUAUAUAGAAGAGGCCCGAAGAGCACAUGUGAUAUCACUGAUGAGAAAAGGGGAGCUAUUGGUGGAGCAUUCGCCACAAUAUCUAUUAAAUCACUUUCAAACAGAGAAUUUAGAGAAAAUAAAUAUGGAGUCAAAGGAAAAGGCACUCCAAUCGAUGUCAUCAGAGGAUCAUAGCAUUUAUGGGGCUCUAAUAAUUGAUACAGACUUUACCGCUGCACUCAUGAGGAGGUUUACCACAGAUUUAAGAAUUGUAUUAUCCAACAUAUACUUCAUGACAAUGGGAAUCACUGCCGUUAUGUUUGUCUUGGAGUCCAAUAGUGGUCUAUUGGAGCGCUCACUGCUAACUGGCCUUAAGAUGCGUUUUGCAAUAUCAUCGACGAUGAAAGAAGUCCAAUGGGUAUCGAUGGUCACAACGAGCACAUGCAUGAUCUAUUUGUAUCUCUCGGGGUUUAUUUGGCCACUCCAUGGCAUGCCUGUCCUUAUGCGACGCCUGAGUCUUGUUAUGCCACUAACCCUGCCAUUGAAAGCAUUGCGAGAUAUGCUGAAUAAAGGCUUAUCUUUUGGCGAUCAAUCCGUUGAUCUCGGUAAAGGUCUCCGAUAUUAA